UGUAGUUGGCCAUGUCUACAUCAAUGGCUAGAGACCAGACCAAAUAGACAGGUGUGUCCAGUUUGUAAAGCUGGUAUAAGCAGAGAUAAAGUUAUUCCAUUGUAUGGAAGGGGAAGUUCCAAAGAGGAUCCUAGAGAAAAGUUACCACCUCGUCCACCUGGACAAAGAUCAGAACCAGAGAGUAAUCCAGGGUCCUUCCCAGGUUUCGGAUUUGGAGAUGGAGGGUUUCACAUGUCUUUUGGCAUUGGUGCCUUUCCAUUUGGAUUCUUUGCUUCAACUUUUAACUUUGGUGAUGGUCGUCCAGCACCAUCUCCUCACUCACCAGAGUUUCAAGAGGACCAGUUUUUGUCCAAAGUUUUCCUCUGGGUAGCUAUUCUGUUUAUUGUUUGGUUGCUAAUUGCAUAAUGUCUGCACUGAAAAAGAUUUAAUCCCUAGGAAUAUGUAAAUGAAUAUGUUGAAAUUAGAAGGUUUUUACUUAUUAUGUAUAUUCAGGUCUCUCCCUUGUGUUAUAAGUGAAAUCAUUGUGUACAAAACAGAAGGUUAAUUUCCUACAAGAGAAUGCUUUUAUAAUUAUAUUCUGUGUUUGUACAAUAACAUAAAAUAAAGUCAUUAAUGGAAACAUGAGGUGCUUUAUUAUAUAUUGACUAAAUAGCCAGAUCUUUCUCUAAAGGACUGUUUAUCAUGGUUUUUAUAGCUGAAGCAUAUAUAGACCAAUCUUUCUGUAUAGAUUGAAGCAAUCCUAGAUUGUUACUUUACACUGUGAUAUUCACCUGUUUCUGCCCAACAAAGUAUAUACCACUUGGUGCAAAAAUAAAGAAGAAAUGCUUUUCUUAACAACAUAAGAAAUUUUUGAUUGGUCAUUCAACAUUAUAUGUAAUUAAAUCACAAAUGUUAAGAUCCUUUAAUACUGUACUCAGGUGGCAACUCUGUACUUCCCAUUUAACAUGUAAAGAGAAUCCUCCUUACAUGUUACAAAUACAUCAUAUAUUUCAUUUCAUA